AUGGGGGUGGCCAGUUCGCACGAGUUGACUCCAAGUCAAGAGGCGACGUGGAAUUCUUCUUCGCGGCGUGAUCUGCAAUGCGGUUUGAACUACUCGAGACGAGAUUUGAUGUUGUGGCCGCAACUGGAGCCCGUGGCUUACUGGUUUACGGCUCAAGAUUGUCGACGCCUGUAUUUUCGUCUUCGGAACAAAGCGGGAGCAACGGGUUUGCUCACAUUGGGCGAGUUUCUGCAGUGGCUUGAUGUCGGAGACACCUGUUCCAAGGCAUCGCGUCCUGAAGUCUCGGACGUUAUGACACCUCCACUGCGCAGGAACCAGCAAACUGUCGACUGUGAAGACACUACUAAAGACCCACCGCCCAUCUUAGCAAAAUACCUACAGUACGUCUUUCUUACGUUUACCGAUAGACGUGGUGAUCGACUGUACGCUCUGGAGUUUCUAGCUGCCAUGGUUGUCAUCUCUCGAGCAAUUUGGGACUUUAGCGAGAAGGUGGAGCUGCUACUCGAAUUGUUCCAUGAUCCUGCGACUUCCAAUCGGAACGUGAUGGCUCAUGGCAGUGCUCAACGGCUUAAGGAGACGGACGUAGCGCGUAUGCUUCUAUGCGUUAUGAACGGCGUGGGUCGAGCAACUCAAGGAGUUGCUACAGUCUGGCAGACUCACCAACUCCGCGUGGCCGUAUUUGCUAGGCAAAGCGCUCUUCGUUGCAUGCAGAGCAUCGCGAGUAAACGUUCGGCUACGGACCGUGCUCGAGCAGGUACCAGAAGCGUGUCGAGUGAGGAAUUCCGAGCGUAUGUGACUUGUACGCCAGCUCUACAUCAAUUCUUGUCACUUUUCUCGGGCGAGGAACUACGCAAUCCUCUCACGUUCGAGCGUAGAGCUGCUCACUGGUCACGACAAACGGAGCUGUACGAGUCGCUUUUGGGUCGAUACGUGACAUUCGAGGGUCGUGAAGAGCGCCGUCGCAACAGUGCAGCGCUCCUGAUCCAGUCCACCUGGAGACGCCGGUGUUCGCUGAUUGUUGCUCAACGUUACGCCGAUAAUCGAGCUGCACACCGCCACGAAUCGGCGGCUAAACUGCAAAGAUUUUUCACGCAUCGACGUGUAGCUCGGGAGCUUGAGGCACGCACUGAGAUUGAGAGAUCCGCCCUCAACGGAGGAGUAUUCGUUGCUGGCUCAGGCCCCAGCAUUGGGAUGGCCACAACGGAAGCUAAGAAGGGAUCCAACACAGGGGCCCCCGUUCGACUCAUCGGGGCCUUUGUAACUCUGAAUGCAAAACUUAGGACGUUGGCCGCGUCCUCUACAUUUGCGUUAGGCGUACAGGACGACGGUCACUCUUUAUUCGCUUGGGGGCGAUGUUUACCACGAAUUUAUGACCAAGAAGCUGCUAGUGAGAGUGAAGUAUGCCUUUUACAGGCCACACCUCGCCAACUGCAUAUCCGCUUAGCAGCACCGGUAACUGAAGUGGCUUGCGGCUUACGACACGCACUCGUGCUCACUCAAGACGGUGUAGUGCACUCAUGGGGGUUUAAUGAUCACGGACAAUUAGGACACGGAUCAGCGGAGACCGUGGCAGCUCGCACCUCUGGCCGAGUGCGCUAUGCGUCCUACUACGACCAACGCUCCGGCGAAGAGGAAGAGUAUUUGGCUUCCCCCACUAAGCUUCUCUACUUUGAAGGAUGUGCAGCUCAACAGGCUGAUCCGAUCCCAGUAGCUCACGUGUGCUGUGGAGAUUACUAUUGCAUGGCUCUCAGUCGAGCUGGAGAUGUCUUCACGUGGGGUGAAGCGUCCGAAGGUCAACUCGGUCAUGGCGAGACACACGAGUACUAUCAAGUUGCGCUAGCUGAUCGGCACAUGGUCAACUCGGCUUACACGUACUUGGCACAGCCAGAACCAGUGCUGGCAUUGAGCGACGUGUGUAUUGCCCAAAUUGCAUGUAGAGGAAACCAUUCCGUCGCGUUAAGCACUGAGUUAGCGGGGUAUAGGCUCUUCGAAUGGGGAAACUGGGGUAGAAGACGCGGCGUGGACAGCGAGCAUGCUUUCGUUCCGGAGGAAACAGUCGGGGCCUCUGCCUUGAGACUGCGUCAAGUAGCAGUUGGAGACCAUCACAUGCUUGCGGAAGGGGCGAGCGUGUGGCUUAAGCUGGCAACGCGCACGAAUAGACCGAUCGAAGACGCGGAGGAGGAAACUGAUUUCUUGGUGGAGCCAUUGGCCGGUGCGUCAAGCUCUUUGGAGGCUAUCGAGAAGGACUUUAUGGGGAAGGAGUCGACCUCUUGGGUCUGCUGUCUCGUUGACUUGGAUGAAGACGACGUGGAUGAGGAUACUAAACUCGAAGGCGGCGACGACUCUGCUUCUAGUGCAAGCACCAAGGAGAGCAACAAGGGCGCGCUUUGGCAUAAGCGAGCAGAGAGAUUUGCCGUGAGCCUGGAAGGUCUUGCAGGUUUUGAUCCAUGUUCGCUACGUCUCAUCAAUGCAGGUGGCACUUCAAAUAAUGCUGCUAGCACCUACGCUCAAGGUAUAGAUCAAUGGCUACGUGGUCGGGUGUCAAACAGACUGGUGGUCAUGCCGCGGGGCAAACCUGCGGGGUUUUACUUGCAGUUCCGUCUCCCUCACAACACAGGACAAGUGGCAAGUAACGGAGACACUCGAAGCGAAGACGCAAAAGCCGAUGAUCCCAGUAGCAAAAGUGCAGCCUCUGGUGUGGUCUUGGAGCUGGCUGUGUGCGGAUCCAACACGGCCAAGCGAGCCGUUGGACGUCGCGGAUUCACCACACACGUGUACCAUCCGACAAUGGAAGCGGCUGCCAAACGACUCAAGCAACAGCAGCUACGUGCGCGGUCCAUGACCAAGAAGAAGCCGACAGUCACACCGACCGAGACGAACAGCAUUUUCGUGCUGGAAAUCAACCAGAGUGUGCUAACACCGCUAGCUUCAGCUGUCGCCGAAGGGAUUGGAACUGAGAGCGAGGCAGAACUGGAAGCGGAGACCAUAAUCAGCGAGAUUGGUCACCGCGUAUUGGAGCUUCAAGAAGCUGGCGCGCUUGCUGUGCUUGUGGUGCUGGAUCUCUUCGAUGCUGAUGCGUUCACAUUGCGGUUCUCCGAUGAUUCCGGGGUGUUUGUCCCUGUGUUCAUGGUAACACGACAGACUCAAGCUACCGUCAUCGGGUCGUACGGAGACGCGGGGUCUGUAUCGGAGCCUGAUGAUGGAGACUCGACUCGGCGUACCUCCUCUCCACGUCGUCUCUCCUUGCAGUCUAUGGCUCCAUCGUUCUCAUUGCAGCCACCACCGCCACUUAUGGCUCGAUUCUUCUAUCGUACAGACACAGCUGCUACCAGAGCACAUGGGGCGUUUGCCAAUGGAGCGGCUGCCGUGCUGUUUGUAGCCAACGAAAAUCCGUCCGAGCCUUCCCAGGCAGCCUUUCGACGGUCCCUUUCAGCAACUCUGUCAACGCACAUCACGAAGAACCAUCAGCUUGUCGGACUCAUUCCACACGAACAUGGACAAAGAUUGCGAGCUGCUUCUCGCAUAGCUUUCCUCGGGACACCAGCACAGACACCGCUGAUACGUCGUUGGUCGUUCUUUGGGGCUACAUCGACACCCAGGGCAUCAACCAGCUCUGAACUGAUCGCUGACGUGCAGUUUGAAAUGCGUCCUGGAGGCACAACGUAUGCUUGGGGUGACGCCGAGUCAGGGCGACUGGGUUUGGGAGAAGUGGUUGUUGCCAAUGCGGGAGGCGAUGACUCGACAGAUACUGUGGAGGUUGAACCUCGACUUUUCCAGGAUGGAUACGAGGCACUCACAGAUGCCACGUACAGCUUUGUGGCACAACCGACAUGUCUUCCUACGCUUGUAGGAGUGGAGAUGAAGCAACUCUCGUGUGGAGAUGCUCACUCAUUGGCUGUGACCAAACAUGGCAGAGUUUUUUCCUGGGGACGAGGUACACGAGGCCAGUUGGGCCACCCCAUUGUCUCCUCGUGCACAGCAGGAACGGUUGCUUCUCCUACCAAUAAGUGGUCACCGCGCAUGAUACGAGGGCUCCGCCACGACCCCGUUACUGAAGCUGUUGCAACUGACCAGAGCUCGAUAUUUCUCUCGGAGAUCGUAGAGCCAGCGGUGCUCAAACAACGGCAGUGUCAGCUCGCACAACUCCGAGCCAUCUCCAAACAAACCGCAGUUUCUGCAGCUGAUGAGUAA